GCCUUGGCCUGCAUCCCAGAUCUGCAGUUGUGAUUUAUUUCUGGCACAUCAUCCUUCGUCACCAAGUAGCACAGCCCGGAGGACGAGCAGCAAGAUAUCCUACUGUGGCCGCCAGUGUCUGCUGGGGACCCGCUUCAGCCCUCAUUUGUCCCCUCUCCUCACGAGGCUCUGAAACCUUUGGGAUUCCUGUCACAUUCACUCAAGGGCCUGCAAGGACCUAACACCCCUCAGUAUCACCCCGGAGGAGCGGAGCAUGACCCGGGACGAGGCACUGCCAGACGCGUAUUCAACACAGGGCUUCUAUGAGAACUAUGAGCCCAAGGAGAUCCUGGGCAGAGGGGUUAGCAGUGUCGUCAGGCGCUGCAUCCACAAGCCCACGUGCCAGGAGUAUGCUGUGAAGAUCAUUGACAUCACCGGCGGGGGCAGCUUCAGCCCCGCGGAGGUGCAGGAGCUGCGAGAGGCGACGCUGAAGGAGGUGGACAUCCUGCGCAAGGUGUCGGGGCUGCCCAACAUCAUACAGCUGAAGGACACUUAUGAGACCAACACUUUCUUCUUCUUGGUGUUUGAUCUGAUGAAGAGAGGGGAGCUCUUUGAUUACCUCACUGAGAAGGUCACUCUGAGUGAGAAGGAAACCAGAAAGAUCAUGAGAGCCCUGCUGGAGGUAAUCUGCAAUUUGCACAAACUCAACAUUGUGCAUCGGGAUCUGAAGCCCGAGAACAUCCUCUUGGAUGAUGACAUGAACAUCAAGCUCACAGACUUUGGUUUUUCCUGCCAACUGGAGCCAGGAGAAAAGCUGCGAGAGGUCUGUGGGACCCCCAGUUACCUGGCCCCUGAGAUCAUUGAAUGCUCCAUGAAUGACGACCACCCGGGUUAUGGGAAGGAAGUGGACAUGUGGAGCACAGGUGUCAUCAUGUACACCCUGCUGGCUGGCUCCCCACCCUUCUGGCACCGGAAACAGAUGCUGAUGCUGAGGAUGAUCAUGAGUGGCAACUACCAGUUUGGCUCACCUGAAUGGGAUGAUUAUUCAGACACAGUGAAGGACUUGGUUUCCCGCUUCUUGGUGGUGAACCCCCAGGGCCGCUGCUCAGCAGAAGAGGCCUUAGCACACCCAUUCUUCCAGCAGUAUGUGGUGGAAGAAGUGCGUCAUUUCAGCCCCCGGGGCAAGUUCAAGGUGAUCGCUCUGACAGUGCUGGCUUCCGUGCGGAUCUACUACCAGUACCGCCGGGUGAAGCCGGUGACCCGGGAGAUUGUCAUCCGAGACCCCUAUGCCCUCCGGCCUCUGCGCCGACUCAUCGAUGCCUAUGCUUUCCGCAUCUACGGCCACUGGGUGAAGAAGGGGCAGCAGCAGAACCGGGCUGCCCUCUUUGAGAACACUCCCAAAGCUGUGCUCCUCUCCCUGGCUGAGGAAGACUACUGAGGGGCCAGCAGGCGGGAUGGGGGGAGGGCGCGGGCAAGGAGGGAACGCCACAGAAACAGAAGUUGAAGGAGUGAGAUCAUGUCUAAGCCUCUGUCCAGAGGGGACACUUGGCCCUGGCCAGAUCCCUUGGGUUGAGGCCACUAUCCCCUCCUAGAGGCUCUGCAUCACACGCUGAUGAGUGAGGUAAGAGCCUGUCCCCGCGGAGGGGAACUGCCUCUCUACUUACCAGCUGUGGCACCAUCUCGCCUUCUUCUCACGGGAGGCCCGGAGUUCCAGAUACUUGUGCGCCCUUCCCUUAGGGUCCCAGGGUGAGGACAGAAGAGGAUAGUGUGAGAUACACAAUCACAAGAGAUUUUACUGACCUCACAACAUCCAGCGACACCAAGGAAGCAGGUUCUUUUCCAGGGAUGUGUGUUUAGAGGCAUAUGGGAGCCCUUAUCUGAUUAACAAUAGAAUGGGAAGGUUCUGGUGUUUUUCUCUC